AUGUCAGAUCGUAAAACCAUGUCGUCCCUAUUCCAAUCUUUGGGUCACAACAUAGUAGCACAGGUAAAUAAUUUCCCUUUCUCUUUCUACCGGAACUUUCAUGAAUUCAGCUACUCGGUCGAGUAAUGUCAUUCGGAAUCAACAUGUAUCUCCUACGGCGGAUCGACAAUGAUGUUCUCGGAUUGGUUAAUGUCAGGUAUAUUCUGAACCUUUCCAUCAGAUGAACGACGUGCCAAUUGUUCAGAUUGACACUUCUCUACACGACAAUUCUGUUCUUGACUCGAGAACCGUUGCGAAAAGCGGAUAUCAUCCGAGGUUCCAUUCCGAAGUUCGUCAAUUUGCUCUGGCUCAGUCCGAUCAUCGCCACACUAGUUAGCAUCGGAUGUGUGUUGCUCUGGUCCCUUUUCUCUUCCACCUUCAACAACGUCUCCUGGCUAGUUCUUCUCUCGUUCCCCAUUUCCGCUAUUAUCGAAGCGAUCGCUGAGCCGUUCACGGUCAUCGCUCUCAGGCAGGACAUCCGUUCCAUUUCGUUCCAAAUUUAUUUAUUUCCAGGUUAGAAUCAACAUCCGGGAAACUCGGACGGCACUUUGCAAUCGGCCAAGGCAUUCUAAUAUGUGUCAAACGGGUGUUUGUUCUCGCCGGACUUUUCGUUUUUCCUGAGAUGUACCAUCUGGAUCUUUUCGCAUACUCCCAGUACUUUGGAGCCAUCGUCUAUCUUUUCUACAACUUUGUUGCAUUCUACAUCUACGUCCGAAAUAAGUCAGUUCCUGAACUCGAAAGGUUUGCCGACUUCUCCGAUCUGCUGCCGAAGAGAAGCGAGGGAAUCGACGGAGAAUCUGUGAGAGCAAUCUCCACGAUGUUCGGCCACUCAUUCCUCAAACAACUACUGACCGACGGGAGCGCAUAUGUGAUGACCUUUACUGAAUUGCUCAGUUUGAAGAAUCAAGGUAAUAAUUAAGUAGAAUCAUUUGAUGAAGAUCCAUGUUUCAGGCGUUUAUGAUGCCAUUGAAAGAGUCGGAAGCAUCGUUGUUCGGACGGUUCUCUCCCCAAUAGACGAGAACUUCAAUGCGCACUUCUCGAAUGCAAUCCGCAAAGAAAGCAGUGUCUUCAACAAAAAUAGCGACGGUCACGAUGAUCUUGUUCGUCGUUUCUCAACCAUCAUGCACGUCGUCGGAGUCCUCGGAUUUGUCGUUUGCACGUUCGGAGCUCCGUAUUCCCCUACGGCCGUGCACUUGUACGGUGGCCAGUUGCUUUCGGAGAACGGCGGAGCAUUGCUUCUCUCGCUCUACUCCGGAUACAUUCUGGUCACGGCAAUCAACGGAAUCACCGAAGGUUUCGCCAUGGCCACGAUGAACAACGUCCAGAUUCUGUCGCACGGAAAGUUCCUUUUCCUCGCUUCUGUUCUCCAUUUGGCCUCCAAUUACAUCCUCUGUUUCUACUUGGACUCGGCUGGAUUCAUUGUUGCCAAUAUUCUGAACAUGACAAUUCGGAUUGUGUACAAGUAAGCGAAUGUUCCGAAUUCGUUCAAACCGCGCAUCAUUGCAGCUGGCGACGCAUCCGUGAAUAUCUGGGCUCACGGUGUCCGCCCUUCACGACCGUCCUUCCAACGAUGUCAACUUUGGUCUUUCUGUUCGCAUCACUCUUCGCCACUUCGUUCUCGUAUCUGGUUUGUUCUCUCUUCUUACUCCAGACUAUGCCCAGUUCUUCCAGAUCUUUGCGACUACCCCCGGCCUUUCGCACAUCCUCGCCCACUUCUUCAUAGGAGGUAUCUGUCUGGUUCUUGUUGCCCAAAACACAGCCCAGCACGAUCCUAUCUUCUCCGAAAUCGUCAAUUCUCUGGCAAGAAAACAUCAGGACUGA